AAAGUACACGAUGCUGUUAUCUUCUCAGCUUAAUCUGUAAUCAGUUGGAUUAACUUGCAGUUUCUCAGUAAACAGUGUAUACAAGAACAGAGUGAUAAUAUACACACUUGAAGCUUGUUCAAACAAAAUGGAAGCUUUUAUUGGAACCUGGACAUUUGUGGAGUCGGACAACUUUGAACCCUAUCUCAAAGCUUUGGGCAUCGCCGCACCUCUGAGAAAACUAGCAAACCUGACUACACCAACAGUUAUUAUCUCAGACCUUGGAAACG